AUGAAGAAAAAGGUGGACGGACGGAUUAAGACCCUGGUGGAGAACAACGUGGCGCUGGGGCAGCGCAGCAUGUUCCUGGUAAUAGGGGACCAGGGGAAAAACGUAGUGGUAAAUUUUUACUUCCUGCUGAAUCGGCUAGCCAGCAGGACGCACAACAUCCUUUGGUGUUACAAGAAAAAGCUCGACUUCUCUACAAGUAAAAAAAAACGAUUCAGGGAAAUGAAGAAGAAAAUAAAAAAAGGAACCUUCGACACAACCAUAGAUAGUAACUUCGAUGCGUUUUUAAAAAGUGCUAACAUUAGGUUCUGCUUCUACAAUGAGACAAAGAAGGUUCUCGGGAAGACGUACUCCAUGUGCGUACUUCAGGACUUCUCCUACAUAACACCAAACAUUCUGUGUAGGUGUAUAGAGACAGUAAUCGGUGGGGGAAUCAUUCUCUUCCUUUUAAAUAAGCUAGACGACGUGAAGAACAUAUACAACCUAACCUUGAAUUGCCACAAGAAGUACACCCAGAGUGGCAUCUCUAGUGUUUACAACAAUUAUAUAACGAGGUUUUUUCUCUCCUUGAAUCAGUGUUCCAAUGCAAUGUUUAUUGACGAUGAGAUGAACAUACUACCGUUGAAUGAUAACCACUUACAUGUGAAGAAGCUCAUCGUAGGAGAGUCACAAGGGGACGCAUCUCUUAGUGGUUCUCGUGCGGCUACCUUAGGAGGGCACCUCUGUCCGGAUAAAGAGGAACUGAGGGAGAGGUUGGCUCAGCUGGAAGCCAUUUGUGAGGAAAACGAGAAAAGGGCGGAAGAGCGGCGUCGCUUCUUGUACUCCGCAAGGGUUUUCGCAGGGGGGGAAGAAGAACAGCAAAUCGGCAAAAAAGGUGGCAACGAAAUCAGAAACGCCGGGACGGACGCGGCAGAUGAACAGGCCACCCCGUACUCCUUCCUGAAUAGACCCAUAAUGAACCUCCUGCGGAUCUGCCUCACCAUCGACCAGCUGGAGGUCCUGCUCAAUAUGUGUAAAAUUCUGCGCAAUGAUGAAGAGAAGAAGAGGCAGCUAAAGGAGGUGCUUAUCAGCCUGCUGGCCAACCGAGGGAGGGGAAAGUCAGCCACGUUAGGAUUAUUAAUCGCCCUAAGUAUCUACUUCAACUACACCAACGUGAUUCUCUGCUCCGGCAACAACGAUGGCAUGCAGACCAUUUAUGAGUUUAUAGAGAAGGGGCUUCACCUCCUGGGGUACAAGGAAUUCACUCACUACGAGAGGAUACACAACCUGGGAAGGUUAAAAGAAAUCAUAGUUUUUAAGGAUAUCCAUAACCUAAGUAAUGUUAAGCAGAGGAUUCGCUACUUUGACAUACUGGAGGAGGACAUGGUGAACUCAGAACUCAUGAUCGUAGAUGAGGCUGCCUGUAUUCCCAUCGACAUUUUAAGAGGAAAAAUAAAAGGUGAGAUCACCAUCCUGUCGACCACCCUUAAUGGUUACGAAGGGACAGGAAAAACCUUCAUUUUUAAGCUACUCAAACAGCUAAAAAAGAAAUUUAUAACCCAGUUGAGUUAUGACGAUUUCAAACAGAUGAAAAGACUCUACUUUGAAAGAGCAUUCGUGGAUGUCUCCUUGGACACACCUAUAAGGUACAGUUACAACGACCAGGUAGAGGCUUGGCUAAAUAACUUCCUCUGCCUCAACUGUAAUGAGCCAUUCAAACUGAAGAACUCCCUCUGCUCUCCAACCAACUGCCAACUCUACUUUGUUAACAAAAGCAUAUUCAAACGUUUUACCAAAACGAGUGAAAAUUUCCUCAGAAAAAUUAUGACUCUUUUUGUUACCUCCCAUUAUAAGAAUACACCAAACGAUUUGAUCAUGAUUCUGGACUCCCAGCAGCAUCAUUUGUUUGUCCUCCUGAGUGGCAACGUGGACUGCAACAGUCUGUCCGCUGAGGCUGUAGACGAGCUGGACAUUUACGGCGUGCUGCAUUGCGCCAUCGACGGGAUUGUUCACCCUGGUGUGGGUAAACGCCUGAUCAAGCUGGAGGAUCUCACCAAAGGUGGGGAGAACCACAACGAAAUGAACGGAGAGAGGAACGGCGAGGUGAAUGGUCACCACAGCGGAAAUGACGAUUGCAAAAAUGGACAAGCAGGAACCCCCCCUGCGGAGAAGCAUUCCAUGCCCAAAGAAUUCGAAGGCAACCUGAUGCCCUACCUAGUCACCGAGCACUUCGAUUACUACUUCUACAGCUACAUAGGAAUAAGGGUGGUCCGUAUAUCCGUCCACCCGUCCAUACAGAACUUGAAUUACGGCUCGCAGUUCCUGAACAAACUCUUCGACUACUACAGUUUGUAUAAUGGAAAGGGUCGAGAGGGUGGAGCACCCUACAGGGAGAAUGUCAUUCUUUACCGCUGCAGUGGUGAAGAAGGUAACGGGACGGAUGGGCGAAUCUUCUUCGACAAGCAGCUGAGCCACGUCGACUACGUGGGCACGUGCUUCGGACUGACUAAAGGGCUACUCAUCUUCUGGCAGAAAAAUAGCUUCAUCCCCGUUUACCUCAAACAACAGAGGAAUGAAAUAACAGGAGAGUUCAGUCUGCUCAUGUUAAGACAUUUAAAUGAAAACCUCAAGAAGGUAUUCACCAACUUCUAUUUGGACUUUGUGCGUAGCUUCUGCAGCCUGUUGCCCUACUCCUUCAGAAAGCUGGAAUCAUUUGUUGUGUUCAACCUACUACAUAACAACCCAAUCAUAUUGGCGAAUCCAACGCGGGAUGAGCUUCUCCUCCCCAGGGGGAAGUCAAACGGAGAGGAAAAAGUAGAAGUGGAAAAAAAAGCAGAAAAUGAAGUAGUAGUAGAAGAGGAGAAGGAGUUGUUCACCCUACAGGACGAAGACGGGGACCACUACGCCUGCUUCUAUGACGACGAGCUACUCAGCCAAGAAAACCUCUUCUACUUCUUCCACCCCAAUGACAUAUGUCGACUGAAGCGGUUCGUCAUGGAGUCCAAGCCCUUUGCAGACGUUCUCUACCUCAUGCAGACCGUUGCUAAUUUAAUUCUCUUCCGGAAGGUACCCAUCCAGUUGACCUUCCUCGAGUAUACCAUCCUCUACGCUGUGUCCCUCCAGAAGAAAAGCUGCCAAGACAUUUCAGACGAGAUCAGCAUCCACGUGAACCAGACCAUGGCCCUCCUGCGGAAGGUCCUCCACCGCUUCUACACCUACCUCAAGGAUCUCAUGCAAAAGGACAUAGAAAAAAAAGUGGAGGCGCAGUUCAGCCAGAAGCUCCACAAAAAGAAGAAGCGAUCCCGCCAGGUGGAACUCCCCUCGGAGGAAUACAUCGACGAGCUCAACAGGAACACCCGUGUGGUAAAGAAGAAAAGCAAGAAGGAGAAGAGAGCCCUCCUGCGCGAGUUUAACCUAUCAGGAACCGUGAAAAGGAAACAAAUCAACGUCAAGACAAACGACGACGCUGAUCCCCCCAAGGACAAAGUCUCUAGCUGA